AUGACGAUCCAACCCGUGUCCGGGUCAUAUUACAUCUAUGCACCCACAAAGGGCGUCUCCAUUGUCUUCGCUGUCUUGUUUGCCAUCUCUGGGGGCCUACACAUCUGGCAAAAUAACCUCAAAUACAAAUCUUGGCGCAUCGGAAUGUUGCUGCCAUGGGCCGCCCUACUCUUUGUCGUCGGAUUUUCCAUGCGCGAAUAUGGAGCCUAUCACUAUGACAAUAUGGCUCUGUUCAUCACUAGUACGGUCCUCCUCUUCGUCGCACCCCCUGUCUACCAAGGUGCCAACUAUUUUAUCUUCGGACGAAUCCUCUACUACUUGCCUUAUCACUCUAUUAUCCACCCAGGUCGAGUGUGGACAACAUUUAUUGCACUGGAUACCAUCGAUGGGAUUCUUGCAGGCAACGGAGCUGCAUAUGCUGCCAAUCCAGAGAACAGUCCAGGACAAAUACAGACCGGCGUGAUCUUGGUCAAGGUUUCACUGUUUCUUCUCUUGGCUAUGUUCCUUGCCUUUGUUUACCUGAUCAUUCUCUUUCAUCGGCGGUGUCGAGCCGCAGGUGUCUUGAAUUACAAAGCGAAGGUCAUUAUCUAUGAGCUCUACCUAUCCAGCUUCCUGAUCCUCACUCGCAACGUUUUCCGCACGGCUGCGUUCUUCUACUCUUGGGACUCGGUCGCUAACGGCAAAGAGUGGCCUUUCUGGGUCUUCGAGGCCGUCCCCAUGCUGCUCAACACUUUCCUCCUGAAUAUCUAUCCUCCAGCCAAGUAUCUGCCAAGGAGUUAUAAGACUUACCUUGCCAUGGAUGGGAAGACGGAGAUUGAAGGACCCGGAAUGGUCGACAAGAGACCCUUCUUUCAUUCGCUGUUGGACCCCUUUGAUAUCGGGGGUUUAAUUUCUGGAAAAGACAAUAAGAAUAAAUUCUGGGAGAAGGAUGGCAUUGGUGGCCCCCGGGAAGGAGAGGGAGGAGGCGCCAUCGAGCGCCACGUCACCUCAUCCGUCGAAGGGGAAAGUCUGAGCAAAAGGUGA